AUGGCAGAAUGGGUACGAGCGAUGAUGAGAGCGAAGCUGGUGAUCCUAGGAAGAGAUAACUGUGGAAAGACUGGUAAAACUGCACUCUGUGUCAGAUUCAUCACCAAGCGUUUCAGUGGAGAGCAUGAACAUAAGAGAGAGGUCACCUACAGGUGUCAGAUGGUGGAUAAAGAGCCGAUUGAGCUGGAGAUUUUAGACACUGUUUAUAAGAGUGACAUGUGUUAAUUCACAGGGUGUGUAGGACCUACCGCAUCCUCUCUGGAAAGUUCCAUUAAAUGGGGAUAUAGGUUUCUGAUAAUGUACUCCGUGACAGAUCGCAACAGUUUUGAGGCUGUGUCACGCCUGAAGAGACUGAUUGAUCACAUUAAACAGACACUUGGCAUUCCUAAAGUCAUUGUUUCUUAUAAAUGCGACAUGGAGAAUGGACGAGUGGGGACAGAUGUUGGACAAGCUUUGGCCUCAGAGCGGAGGGCUGUAUACUGUUAGUGUAAUAUAACGUAUUUGUAAAAGUAGAAUAAACAUAAUUUAUAGUCACCCUACAAUGCCCGUCCAAAAAAAGUCAUAGUCUAUUAUUUCGUUUGACCGCCUUUAGCUUUGAUUAGGACACAAUGUGUCGUGGCACCGUUUCAAUAAGCUUCUGAAUUGUCACAACAUUUAUUCUCGUUCCAUCAGGGAAGAAAAUAUCCGUUGAUGGAAUAACCUUGUCAUUCAAUAUAUUCAGGUGACCUCAUUCUUGGGCACAUAACGUUGCUGA